CCAAUCCUACCACGCCGACCAAACACCACCUUCCCCGCCACUAGCUUAUCCUCCUCGUCUUCCCUUCCAUCCCCCAACCCAACCCACCACCGCCUCGCCGCGGUCGCCGGCGAGAGGCGCCGCGCUGCGCGCGUCGAGAGGAUCGCCUCCUCCUCCUCCUCCUCCUCCGGCAGCCAUGUCCUCCAUCCACUUCUUCCCGGCCACCUCCCAGGCCGCCGCCCCGUCGCGCCGCCCCCUCACCAAACCCUCCCCAAAACCCCCCGCCGCCACCGCCGCGUACCACCGCGGCGGAGACAACGAGCCGGUGCUCUUCCCGCGCCUCUUCCUCAGGAGGCGUGCCCGGCCCGCCGCGGCGCCGGCCGAGGCGCCGCCGGUGGGCCCCGACGGCAGCAGCAGCGGCGGCGGGGGAGGAGGAGGGGAGGGGGGCGGGGGCGGAGGGGACGACGAGGAGGAUGAGGGGACGAGGAAGGGGCUGCUGCCGGAGUGGCUCAGCGUCACGACGGACGACGCCAAGACGGUGCUGGCCGCCAUCGCCAUCUCGCUCGCCUUCCGCUCCUUCGUCGCCGAGCCGCGCUUCAUCCCCUCGCUCUCCAUGUUCCCCACCUUCGACGUCGGCGACCGCAUUGUCGCCGAGAAGGUUACAUACUACUUUAGAAAGCCAUGUAUAAAUGACAUAGUAAUCUUCAAAAGUCCACCAGUGCUGCAGGAGGUCGGUUAUACUGACAAUGAUGUUUUCAUCAAACGAAUUGUUGCCAGGGAGGGAGAUGUUGUUGAGGUUCAUAAAGGAAAACUAGUUGUCAAUGGUGAAGUUAGAAAUGAAGAGUUCAUUCUUGAGCCACCUUCUUAUGACAUGAACCCAGUGCAAGUACCUGAGAACUCAGUUUUUGUAAUGGGAGAUAACCGAAACAACAGUUAUGAUUCACAUGUGUGGGGCCCUCUUCCUUCUAAGAACAUAUUGGGGAGAUCCAUUUUCCGGUAUUGGCCUCCUGGCCGAAUAGGGAGCACUACUACUGAUUGCCUCAUCCCUGAGACAAAUCCAAGCUCGCUUAUUGAUGUCAAACUGGCAAAGUAGAAGUUCAGGCAUUGAUUAUUGCAGUGUGAAGUUUGCGCUUCAUGUAAGCUCCUAUUCUUUAAUAUUCCCUCUCUCCUGGAAAUUCGGAGGAAUAUUUGACAGCAGGCCACGUAGAAAUUAGAAAGGAGAACACAUUUGGUUCUCCUUGAUGUCACAAAGAAUGCUAGCAACUAGCAUGAGCAUAGAAACCAUUUUGUUUCAAGGUUUCUGCGACUCUCGCUCUUUGUUGUAUAUUAAGACUGUAAGGAUGUUGCCUUAGUGAUUCGCAUCAAAUGAUUCUUCUUGUACAUCACGUUUUGUAGCACCACGUGUGUAUCAUCCUCAUACAGUGCUUGACAAAAGAUGUGUAACGCGUUGAGCCGGCAGUUCACUUCAUUGCCUUA